CUCCUCAUGAAUAAUGCAGCAUCCAGGCGGUGUCCCGGACCCGGAAGUGGAGUUGCCGAGUCACCGCAGUGGCUGAGCUGCUGACAGGAGGCGGCGGCGGAGGAGGAGGCGAGGCAAGACCUGCGGCUCCGCCGGGCCACAGCCGCGGUAGCGCUAGGCAAGCCCACGAAGCCACGCCGGCCUCAGCCGCCAGCGAACCUCCCGCCCCGCGCCCCCUCCACCGUCUGCCCGGCCGCCUGCCCGCCCGACGCGUCCGGGGCGGCCUAGUCUGCACCACCCACCGGCUCCUGGGGCCGCCGCCCCGCGCGGUCCAUCGGCGUCCCUGGCCGCGCCCGCCCCGGGCCCGCUCGCCCGCCCGCCGGCACCAUGAUGGAGGAGAUCGACCGGUUCCAGGUGCCCACCGCGCACUCGGAGAUGCAGCCGCUGGACCCAGCCGCCGCCUCCAUCUCAGACGGAGACUGUGACGCCCGGGAGGGUGAGUCAGUAGCCAUGAAUUACAAACCAUCCCCGCUCCAAGUGAAGCUGGAGAAGCAGCGGGAGCUGGCCCGGAAGGGCUCCCUGAAGAAUGGCAGUAUGGGUAGCCCCGUCAACCAGCAGCCCAAGAAGAACAACGUUAUGGCCCGGACAAGGCUGGUCGUCCCCAAUAAAGGCUACUCCUCUCUUGACCAGAGCCCAGACGAGAAGCCACUGGUAGCUCUUGAUACAGACAGCGAUGAUGACUUUGACAUGUCCAGAUAUUCCUCCUCUGGCUACUCCUCUGCUGAGCAGAUCAAUCAAGAUUUGAACAUCCAGCUGCUGAAGGACGGCUACCGGUUAGACGAGAUCCCCGACGACGAGGACCUGGACCUCAUUCCCCCCAAGUCCGUGAACCCCACCUGCAUGUGCUGCCAGGCCACGUCCUCCACCGCCUGCCACAUUCAGUAGCGGGCGGGCCGCCGCGGCCUCCCGGGGCGGGGCCGCCGCGGGCCAGGUUGGACAGGGCAGGGGCCAUCCCACCCCAGCUCGUCCACCUGCCCCGGGCCCCCGCGCCCCUACAGCCGCCAACCUCGUAACAGUCAUUGCUUCCUCCUAUGGUAGGACGUGUACCUCUGUGUGUUCAUGGAGCCGGAGAAACCAAAACCGGGUCUCUCUCCACCCCGGGGGCUGAGGAGAGGUGGGGGCUGUUUGUUCAGUUACUUGGGGGACCUCGCCCAGCACCCUGCCCCCCUCUCCAAAGCUGCAGUCUGGUGCGGGAGAGGGGGAGCUGGACGGCAGGGAAGCCAACAGUAAUGAAUGGGGGAGGGAUCACAAAGCCAGGGCUUGGCCCCACCCUAGCGAAGCCAUGAACCCCCCAGCCCCAGCCUGACAGGGAAAGGGGCUUGGAGGGAGAAAGGCCCAAGGCAGUGGGGGCGGGGCCCAGCACCUC